AUGGCUUUCCAGAUCAAUCCGCUGUUGGCAGCUUUCUUCCUCUUCCUCUCACUUGCAAAGAUCUUCCCUCUCAAUGUUGUAACAGCGUCCGAUCCAGAUCCAGUCGAGGACAUUUGCAUUCCAAAUGGACGUUCCAGUCGUUCCCAGGUAUCUUCAAAGGACUUCUACUCUAGUGUGCUUCGAGACGGUGCUGUUGCCUCGAGCCCACCCAAGUCCUUCGCGUUCUCCCAAGCUAUUGUGAGCACAUUUCCGGGGCUCAACACAAUGGGCUUUUCAGUGGCUCGGAUCUAUCUCGGGCCAGGAGGAGUGGUGAGAAGUCACGCUCAUCCACGGGCAAGCGAGCUUGUUGAUGUUGAAAAAGGUGUUAUAGAGGUUGGAUUUGUGGACUCAAACAACAAGCUCUUUGCUCACAACUUGAAAGAGGCCGAGCUUUUACGUGGCGUCCAAAUCACGACAGCAAAUAAAAUCACUCAUGGCUAUGCAAAUGUAUUCACUUUAAUUGCUUUCUCUAUUUUCUCAUCCUUGAACGAUUGCCACAUUCUUGUGCUUGUGAGAGCUGCAGAUCCCGAGGACGUUUGCAUUCCACGGAACAAUAUUAGUGAAGGUUUCAUGAAGUGCAAGCCGUACUCAAAGGUAUCUUCAAAAGACUUCCACUCGAGCAAGGUGGAUACCUCACACAAGCCCAACGCGUUUGAUUUCGCUCAAGCUGUUGUCAGCACAUUUCUGGCACUCAACACGAUGGGAUUGUCCGUGGCAUGA